CAAAAACAAAGAUAAAUUAUUUGCUAAAACACGUGUGAAUAACAAUUGCUUAAUCUAUAUCAACUGAGGUAAACCGCAAGUAUAAUUUUAUCAAAACUGUUGCCACAAUGAAUCGCUGUUUUUGUGUGUGAACGAGUUAACGAGUAGACCGAGGAUUCAGUGUUACAUUAUAAACAGAAUACGUUGGUAGUCUCGUUGUUUAUUUGGCUAAAAUGUCGACAAAAGUGGCUGUAGUGACGGGAGCGAAUAAAGGUAUCGGGUUCGCGAUAGUGCGCGGGCUGUGCAAGCGGUUCGAGGGCGCCGUGUAUCUGACCUCGCGCAACGUGGAGCGCGGCGCCGCGGCCGUAGCAGCACUGGAGCGUGAGGGUCUGCGCCCCCGCUACCACCAGCUCGACAUCACCGACACGCACAGCCUCGAGACCUUCAGAGACUACAUCAAAAAGAAUUACGACGGAAUCGACAUUUUAGUGAACAACGCUGGCAUCGCAUUCGGCAGAAACGCCACAGAUCCAGUAGCCAUCCAGGCUGAACAAACGUUACACGUCAAUUACUUCGCUUUGGUAACAACUUGCGAUAUUUUAUUCCCGGUUCUUAAAAAUGGUGCUAGAGUUGUCAACAUUUCCAGUUCUUAUGCUCACUUGAGCAAUAUCCCAAGUCUGGCUUUGAGGGAUAAGUUGAAAGAUGAGAAGUUGACUGUGGCAGGGUUGUCGGCUCUGAUGCAGCAGUACGUGGAUGCUGCUAAGCAAGGCACGCAGGCUGCGGAGUGGGGGAACUCCUCGCUGGUGGUGGCUAAAGUUGGAGUGACGGCGUUGAGUAACAUUCAUCAACGCAUGUAUAUGGAUAGAGACUUGAAAAUCAACUCAGUGCAUCCCGGCUAUGUGGACACGGACAUGUCGUCUCACAACGGGCCUAUGACCAUAGAUGAGGGAGCCGUAGCCCCAUUGUAUGUCGCUCUGGACGCUCCUGAUACCUUGAGAGGCCAACUGGUAUGGUUCAACAAAGACAUCGUCAGCUGGGACGGUGUUAAACCCGAUAGAGAAUUUUGAUGUAAAACCUUAUGAUUUUUUUCUUAAUAAAAUGUUGCACUUUUA